AUGAUGCAGCAGCUUCCUUUGAGUAUUGUCCAGAUCCUUCUGAUCGUGGCGGCGGUGCUCAGCUUCAUCGAGCUUGCCUUGACCGCUGCAGCUGCCGACGGUUUCGGUCCCUUCUCUCACCAUACCGUCAAUUUUAUGGUCUUCAACUCGGUCUGGUCGCUACUCGUCAUCGCCUACCUCGGCCUCACCCCCAUCUUCUUCGCGCAGCUGUUCCACCAGUUCGCGUCCCUCGCCCUCCUGGGCGUCACCACCAUCUUCUGGUUCGCCGGGUCCAUCGCCUACGCCUCCCUGGUCGGCCCCGCUAGGUGCGGCGGCUUCAACCUGUGCAGGGUCGCCCAGGCCGGCGCCGCAUUCGGCUUCUUCGUUUGGCUCGCCUUCACUGCCCUCCUCGUGCUCGAUAUCAUCGAUUUCGUGCGGUCGCGCAACAGCGCCACUAGCCCCGCCGUCGCGCACCCUCAAAUGGGCUCCGCGGCGCCUGCGUCUGCCGAGGCGCCCCCUGCUCCUGCCAACACCUAUCCCGGCGCGUGA